AUGACGAGCCUAAAGCCGAUCAAGAUUUUCUGGAGAGAUCACGUCCCAAAUCCCUCCAAGGUUCUGGUCAUUCUGGAGGAGCUUGACUUGCCUUAUGAGACCUUGUAUGUCGAAUUGGACGAGUUUAAAAAGCCGCCUCUCACGGACGCGAACCCUAACGGGCGGAUUCCCGCCAUUAUCGAUCCCAAUACCGGAUUAACGCUUUGGGAAUCCGGCGCAAUUGUUCAGCUCACUGGUUCAACCAAGUACCUCGUCGACACAUACGACAAAGACAACAAACUGACGUACACUACAUUUCCCGAAAAAUAUCAGUUGACCCAGUGGUCCUUUUUCCAGGCGUCAGGCCAGGGCCCCUACUUUGGUCAGGCUGCGUGGUUCAAUAUCUUCCACGAAAAGUCGUAUGGGGAAUCCCCGGAAUCCGCUAAAGUGCGCUAUGGCUCAGAGGUCAAGCGAGUCGCAGGGGUCUUGAAUACCUUUUUGAGUGAGAGGGAAUGGCUGGUCGGAGACAAAUGCACAUAUGCAGACUUGGCAUUUGUGAUGUGGAACUUCCAGGUCCCUUUUUUCAUGGCCAGUCGGACCGGCGAGCAUGCCUGGAAACCAGAGGAGUUUCCACACUUUACCCGCUGGCAGAACGCGAUGGUGGCACGACCAUCUGUCGCGAAAGUGAUUUCUGUGUUGAAUGACAAAGAGGUCAAGAAAAGCGCGUAG